AUGACCAAGUCAAUGCCUAAACCGGAAUUCAUAUUCAAACCGGUUCAUGAGUCUCACGUUCAAGCUUCCAUCAUUUGUUCCAAGAAACUAAAGAUUCAUUUUCGUGUUAGAAGUGGCGGUCACGAUUACGAGGGAUUGUCUUAUGUUUCACAGAUGGAAACACCGUUUGUAUUGAUCGAUCUGUGGAAACUGAAGCAAAUCAAUGUUGAUAUUGAAGACAAUAGUGCUUGGGUCCAGGCUGGUGCUACAACUGGUGAACUCUACUACAGAAUUGCAGAGAAGAGCAAAGUCCAUGGGUUUCCAGCAGGUUUGUGCUCGACCGUAGGCAUAGGAGGGCACAUAACAGGCGGUGGAUACGGUACCUUGAUGAGGAAGUAUGGUCUUUCUACAGAUAACGUCCUAGACGCAAGGAUCGUUGAUGCAAAUGGUCAAUUACUUAACAGAACCGCCAUGGGCGAGGAUCUUUUUUGGGCGAUCAGAGGAGGCGGUGGUGGGAGUUUUGGGGUAAUUCUUGCAUGGAAGAUCAAGCUUGUUCCCGUUCCUGAAACCCUAACCCUCUUCACCAUUACCAAAACGUUAGAGCAAGACGCAGGAUUCAAGAUUCUUUCAAAGUGGCAACAAGUCGUCGACAAGCUUGUGGAAGAUCUUGGCAUACGAGUGUUGUUCAGAAAUACGGGGAACAAGACUGUGACAACAACAUACAGAGGUGAGUUUCUUGGAGAGAAAGGCACCUUGAUGGAGGUUAUGAACCAGUGUUUUCCGGAACUAGGGUUAACUCAAGAGGAUUGUAUCGAAAUGAGCUGGAUCGAAACCGUUGUAAACAAUGCUGGAUUCACCACACGCCCUCCUCCUCCUCUUGAAAUUCUGCUUCAACCGAGCUCGCCUUACGGAAGACCUUACUUCAAAGCAAAGUCUGAUUUCGUUACAGAACCUAUUCCUGUUUUAGGGCUCAAAGGAAUGUUUGAAAGGAUGAUCGAAGAAGACGCGUCGUUUCUGAUUUGGAAACCUUACGGUGGAAUGAUGGCGAAGAUCCCUGAAUCUGAGAUCCCAUUUCCGCAUAGAAACGGAACCAUCUUCAAGAUUCACUAUUUCACGAAAUGGUCAGGGAAUGGUAAUGGUGCAGACGACAAACACAUGGAGUGGAUCAGAGAGUUGUACAGUUACAUGACGCCUUAUGUCUCAAGUAAUCCAAGACAAGCUUAUGUGAAUUAUCGUGAUCUAGACAUUGGUCAGAACAAGAAGAAUGACUCAGAGGAUAACUUCAGAAGAGCUCAAAUCUGGGGAGCUAAGUACUUCAAGAACAAUUUCAACAGGCUAGUGAAGAUUAAAUCGAAGGUUGAUCCAGAGAACUUAUUCAGACACGAGCAGAGUAUUCCUUCUCUGCCCAUUCGAAGCUCGAGCUCAUGA